AGUGGAUUUUGCAAUUUGUUUGGUAUGUUAGAAAAAAGAAAGAAAGCGUACCUAAAAAAAAGGGUUUGGGACGGCCCAAAUUAUAGUUGUAAUGGUCAGGCCCAGUCUGAGUGAGUAACAAACGAGAGGGAGAAAGAAAAACAACAACAGACAAAUAGGCGGCGCCGGCUCCGGUGAGUUCAGGAAGCGGCGACGAACUUCCCUCACACCACCAACCACCAUGUGGCGGUGGACGUCACCGCGAAUCUCUUAUCUCGUUGGAAGAUUGAGUCAAGUGAAACUGAGUGAUGGUCGUUGCUGUUACAGUCAAUUGUUGCAUCCUUCAUUGGAUUUACAGUCUUCACAGCCACAGACAAAUCAUCUUCCGAAGAGUUAUAUUGGGGAAAAUGUAUCUAGAAAGGAUAAAACCAAGUUUCUUCUCACUACACUUCAUGAAAUCAAUGAUAGUAAGGAGGCUGUGUAUGGUGCCCUUGAUGCUUGGGUUGCCUGGGAGCAGAACUUUCCCAUUGGCUCAUUAAGACAGAUAUUGUGUAAUCUUGAGAAGGAGCAGCAGUGGCAUAGAAUUGUUCAGGUAAUUAAAUGGAUGCUGAGCAAGGGGCAGGGGACAACAAUGGGAACAUAUGGUCAAUUGAUACGAGCUUUAGAUAUGGACCAUAGAGUGGAAGAAGCACACCAAUUCUGGCAAAUGAAAAUUGGCACUGAUCUGCAUUCUGUUCCUUGGCAGUUAUGCCAUCUCAUGAUAUCAGUAUAUUAUCGCAACAACAUGCUUGAAGAACUUGUUAAGCUUUUCAAGGGACUGGAAGCUUUUGAUCGUAAGCCUCGGGAUAAACUAAUCAUUGACAAAGUGGCAAAUGCCUAUGAGAUGUUAGGUUUAGUUACAGAGAAAGAGAGGGUGCUGGAAAAAUAUAGCCAUCUCUUCAAAGAGGAAAGACCAACCAAGAAACGUGGAAGGAAGUCAGGUGUGACAAAGAAGAAAGAGAAACUCGAGGAUUCUGGAGAAUCCUCAUCUGAGGAGAACUGAAGACAAAACACAUUGCUCUUUCUAGACAGAGAACUGAUUCCAGUCUUUCAUGCUCACCAGUUGAAUUUUCUGAAGAAAGAACCUGAAGGUGUUUAUUAUUCGACUGUUUGAAUUUUCAAAGCUAGAUCCCAUGUCAUGCAGCUGGAUGUCUGAGGUGUUAAGUUAAAGUUGCUUCUAAUAGCCAUCAGCCAAUCAUUUGGAGAGGAUGGUUCAAACAAUUUUGCUCCCAUUUAUACUGAGCUCGGUAGUUAAAAGAAAAAUAAACAAAAAAAUAUGAAUAUUUUUUUUUAUGCAUCAUGAACCUGGACUAUUAUGAUUUGUAAAAUUGUAGUAUCAAGGGCAGCAUGUAGAAAACUUGACUGCUUAUCAAGUCUUGGAAUGUGUCUUGGAAUGUGUGAAUAUAUUAUUUGAUCAUAUAAUUAUCAUAUGUUCAUUUAUGGAUGAGUUAUAAA